GACGGGGCCACCCCACAACUCCCGUUGACAAAUCUGCCGCUUUCCAUCACCCCGCCCCAUUCUCCUGCUUUCCAUCACCCCGCCCCAUUCUCCCGCUUUCCAUCACCCCGCCCCAUUCUCCUGCUUUCCAUCACCCCGCCCCAUUCUCCCGCUUUCCAUCACCCCGCCCCAUUCUCCCGCUUUCCAUCACCCCGCCCCAUUCUCCCGCUUUCCAUCACCCCGCCCCAUUCUCCCGCUUUCCAUCACCUCGUCCCAUUCUCCCUCUUUUCAUCACCCCGCCCCAUUCUCCCUCUUUCCAUCACCCCGCCCCAUUCUCCCGCUUUCCAUCACCCCGGCCCAUUCUCCCUAUUUCCAUCACCCCGCCCCAUUCUCCCACUUUCCAUCACCCCGCCCCAUUCUCCCGCUUUCCAUCACCCCGCCCCAUUGUCCCGCUUUCCAUCACCCCGCCCCAUUCUCCCUCUUUCCAUCACCCCGCCCCAUUCUCCCUCUUUCCAUCACCCCGCCCCAUUCUCCCUCUUUCCAUCAUCCCGCCCCAUUCUCCCUAUUUCCAUCAUCCCGCCCCAUUCUCCCGCUUUCCAUCACCCCGCCCCAUUCUCCAGCUCUCCAUCACCCCGCCCCAUUCUCCCGCUUUCCAUCACCCCGCCCCAUUCUCCCGCUUUCCAUCACCCCGCCCCAUUCUCCCGCUUUCCAUCACCCCGCCCCAUUCUCCCUCUUUUCAUCAUCCCGCCCCAUUCUCCCUCUUUCCAUCACCCCGCCCCAUUCUCCCUCUUUCCAUCACCCCGCCCCAUUCUCCCGCUUUCCAUCACCCCGGCCCAUUCUCCCUAUUUCCAUCACCCCGCCCCAUUCUCCCUAUUUCCAUCACCCCGCCCCAUUCUCCCGCUUUCCAUCACCCCGCCCCAUUCUCCCGCUUUCCAUCACCCCGCCCCAUUGUCCCGCUUUCCAUCACGCCGCCCCAUUCUCCCUCUUUCCAUCACCCCGCCCCAUUCUCCCUCUUUCCAUCACCCCGCCCCAUUCUCCCUCUUUCCAUCACCCCGCCCCAUUCUUCCUAUUUCCAUCACCCUGCCCCAUUCUUCCGCUUUCCAUCACCCCGCCCCAUUCUCCAGCUCUCCAUCACCCCGCCCCAUUCUCCCGCUUUCCAUCACCCCGCCCCAUUCUCCCGCUUUCCAUCACCCCGCCCCAUUCUCCCGCUUUCGAUCACCCCGCCCCAUUCUUCCGCUUUCCAUCACCCCGCCCCAUUCUCCAGCUUUCCAACACCCCGCCCCAUUCUCCAGCUUUCCAUCACCCCGCCCCAUUCUCCCGAUUUCCAUCACCCCGCCCCAUUCUCCCUCUUUCCAUCACCCCGCCCCAUUCUCCCUCUUUCCAUCACCCCGCCCCAUUCUCCCUCUUUCCAUCACCCCACCCCAUUCUCCCGCUUUCCAUCACCCCGCCCCAUUCUCCCUCUUUCCAUCACCUCGCCCCAUUCUCUCUCUUUCCAUCACCCCGCCCCAUUCUCCCUCUUUCCAUCACCCCGCCCCAUUCUCCCUCUUUCCAUCACCUCGCCCCAUUCUUCCGCUUUCCAUCACCCCGCCCCAUUCUUCCGCUUUCCAUCACCCCGCCCCAUUCUCCCGCUUUCCAUCACCCCGCCCCAUUCUCCCGCUUUCCAUCACCCCGCCCCAUUCUCCCGCUUUCCAUCACCCCGCCCCAUUCUCCCGCUUUCCAUCACCCCGCCCCAUUCUCCCGCUUUCCAUCACCCCGCCCCAUUCUCCAGCUUUCCAUCACCCCGCCCCAUUCUCCCGCUUUCCAUCACCCUGCCCCAUUCUCCCUCUUUUCAUCAUCCCGCCCCAUUCUCCCUCUUUCCAUCACCCCGCCCCAUUCUCCCUCUUUCCAUCACCCCACCCCAUUCUCCCUAUUUCCAUCACCCCGCCCCAUUCUCCCGCUUUCCAUCACCCCGCCCCAUUCUCCCUCUUUCCAUCACCCCGCCCCAUUCUCUCUCUUUCCAUCACCCCGCCCCAUUCUCCCUCUUUCCAUCACCCCGCCCCAUUCUUCCGCUUUCCAUCACCCCGCCCCAUUCUCCCUAUUUCCAUCACCCCGCCCCAUUCUUCCGCUUUCCAUCACCCCGCCCCAUUCUCCAGCAUUCCAUCACCCCGCCCCAUUCUCCCGCUUUCCAUCACCCCGCCCCAUUCUCCCGCUUUCCAUCACCCCGCCCCAUUCUCCCGCUUUCCAUCACCCCGCCCCAUUCUCCCGCUUUCCAUCACCCCGCCCCAUUCUUCCGCUUUCCAUCACCCCGCCCCAUUAACCCUCUUUCCAUCACCCCGCCCCAUUCUCCCUCUUUCCAUCACCGUGCCCCAUUCUUCUGCUUUUCAUCACCCCGCCCCAUUUUCCCUCUUUCCAUCACCCCGCCCCAUUCUUCCGCUUUUCAUCACCCCGCCCCAUUCUCCUUCUUUCCAUCACCCCGCCCCAUUCUCCCUCUUUCCAUCAGCCCGCCCCAUUCUCCCGCUUUCCACCACCCUGCCCCAUUCUCCCGCUUUCCAUCACCCUGCCCCAUUCUCCCGCUUUCCAUCACCCCGCCCCAUUCUCCCGCUUUCCAUCACCCCGCCAUAUUCUUCCUCUUUCCAUCACCCCGCCCCGUUCUCCCGCUUUCCAUCACGCCGCCCCAUUCUCAUGCUUUCCAUCACCCCGCCCCAUUCUCCCGCUUUCCAUCACCCCGCCCCAUUCUCCCGCUUUGCAUCACCCUGCCCCAUUCUCCCUCUUUCCAUCACCCUGCCCCAUUCUCCCUCUUUCCAUCACCCCACCCUAUUCUCCCUCUUUCCAUCACCCCGCCCCACUCUCCCGCUUUCCAUCACCCCGCCCCAUUCUCCCGCUUUCCAUCACCCCACCCCAUUCUCCCGCUUUCCAUCACCCCGCCCUAUUCUCCCGCUUUCCACCACCCUGCCCCAUUCUCCCGCUUUCCAUCACCCUGCCCCAUUCUCCCGCUUUCCAUCACCCCGCUCCAUUCUCCCGCUUUCCAUCACCCCGCCCCAUUCUCCCGCUUUCUAUCACCCCGCCCCAUUCUCAAGCUUUCCAUCACCCCGCCCCAUUCUCCUGCUUUCCAUCACCCCGCCCCAUUCUCCCGCUUUCCAUCACCUCGCCCCAUUAUCCCGCUUUUCAUCACCCCGCCCCAUUCUCCCGCUUUCCAUCACCCCGGCCCAUUCUCCCGUUUUCCAUCACCCCGCCCCAUUCUCCUGCUUUCCAUCACCCCGCCCUAUUCUCCCGCUUUCCAUCACCCCGCCCCAUUCUUCCGCUUUCCAUCACCCCGUCCCAUUCUCCCUCUAUUCAUCACCUCGCCCCAUUCUCCCUCUUUCCACCACCCCGCCCCAUUCUCCCGCUUUCCAUCACCCCAGCCCAUUCUCCCUAUUUCCAUCACGACGCUCCAUUCUCCCACUUUCCAUCACCCCGCCCCAUUCUCCCGCUUUCCGUCACCUCGCCCCAUUCUCCCGCUUUCCAUCACCCCGCCCCAUUCUCCCUCUUUCCAUCACCCCGCCCCAGUCUCCCUCUUUCCAUCACCCCGCCCCAUUCUCCCUAUUUCCAUCACCCUGCCCCAUGCUCCCUCUAUCCAUCACCCCGCCCCAUCCUCCCUAUUUCCAUCACCCCGCCCUAUUCUUCCUCUUUCCAUCACCCCGCCCCAUUCUCCAGCUUACCAUCACCCCGCCCCAUUCUCCCGCUUUCCAUCACCCCGCCCCAUUCUCCAGCUUUCCAUCACCCCGCCCCAUUCUCCCGCUUUCCACCAACCCGCCCAAUUCUCCCGCUUUCCAUCACCCCGCCCCAUUCUCCCGCUUUCCAUCAACCCGCCCAAUUCUCCCGCUUUCCAUCACCCCGCCCCAUUCUCCCGCUUUCCAUCACCCCGCCCCAUUCUCCCGCGUUCCAUCACCCCGCCCCAUUCUCCCGCUUUCCAUCACCCCGCCCCAUUCUCCCGCUUUCCAUCACCCCGCCCUAUUCUCCCGCUUUCCACCACCCUGCCCCAUUCUCCCGCUUUCCAUCACCCGGCCCCAUUCUCCCGCUUUCCAUCACCCCGCUCCAUUCUCCCGCUUUCCAUCACUCCGCCCCAUUCUCCCGCUUUCUAUCACCCCGCCCCAUUCUCAAGCUUUCCAUCACCCCGCCCCAUUCUCCUGCUUUCCAUCACCCCGCCCCAUUCUCCCGCUUUCCAUCACCUCGCCCCAUUAUCCCGCUUUUCAUCACCCCGCCCCAUUCUCCCGCUUUCCAUCACCCCGGCCCAUUCUCCCGUUUUCCAUCACCCCGCCCCAUUCUCCUGCUUUCCAUCACCCCGCCCUAUUCUCCCGCUUUCCAUCACCCCGCCCCAUUCUCCCGCUUUCCAUCACCCCGUCCCAUUCUCCCUCUAUUCAUCACCCCGCCCCAUUCUCCCUCUUUCCACCACCCCGCCCCAUUCUCCCGCUUUCCAUCACCCCGGCCCAUUCUCCCUAUUUCCAUCACGACGCUCCAUUCUCCCACUUUCCAUCACCCCGCCCCAUUCUCCCGCUUUCCGUCACCCCGCCCCAUUCUCCCGCUUUCCAUCAACCCGCCCAAUUCUCCCUCUUUCCAUCACCCCUCCCCAUUUUCCCGCUUUCCAUCACCCCGCCGCAUUCUCCCGCUUUCCAUCACUCCGCCCCAUUCUCCCGCUUUCCAUCACCCCGCCCCAUUCUUCCGCUUUCCAUCACCUCGCCCCAUUCUUCCGCUUUCCAUCACCCCGCCCCAUUCAACCCGCCCCAUUCUCCCUCUUUCCAUCAACCCGCCCCAUUCUCCCGCUUUUCUUCACCCCGCCCCAUCCUCCCUCUUUCCAUCACCCCACCCCAUUCUUCCGCUUUUCAUCACCCUGCCCCAUUCUCCCCCUUUCCAUCACCCCGCCCCAUUCCCCCUCUUUCCAUCAGCCCGCCCCAUUCUCCCGCUUUUCUUCACCCCGCCCCAUUCUUCCGCUUUUCAUCACCCCGCCCCAUUCUCCCGCUUUCCAUCACCCCGCCCCAUUCUCCCGCUUUCCAUCACCCCGCCCCAUUCUCCCGCUUUCCAUCACCCCGCCCCGCUUUCCAUCACUCCGCCCCAUUCUCCCACUUUCCAUCACCCCGCCCUAUUCUCAAGCUUUCCAUCACCCCGCCCCAUUCUCCCUCUUUCCAUCACCCCGCCCCAUUCUCCCGCUUUCCAUCACCCCGCCCCAUUCUCCCGCUUUCCAUCACCCCGCCCGAUUCUCCCGCUUUCCAUCACCCCGCCCCAUUCUCCCGCUUUCCAUCACCCCGCCCCAUUCUCCCGCUUUCCAUCACCCCGCCCCUUUCUCCCUCUUUCCAUCACCCCGCCCCAUUCUCCCGCUUUCCAUCACCCCGCCCCAUUCUCCCGCUUUCCAUCAUCCCACCCCAUUCUCCCGUUUUCCAUCACCCGGCCCCAUUCUCCCGCUUUCCAUCACCCCACCCCAUUCUCCCUCUUUUCAUCACCCCGCCCCAUUCUCCCACUUUCCAUCACCCCACCCCAUCCUUCCUCUUUCCAUCGCCCCGCCCUAUUCUUCCGCUUUUCAUCACCCCGUCCCAUUCUCCCUCUUUCCAUCACCCUGCCCCAUUCCCCCUCUUUCCAUCAGCCUGCCCCAUUCUCCCACUCUCUAUCACCCCGCCCCAUUCUCCCGCUUUCCAUCACCCCGCUUUCCAUCACCCCGCCCCAUUCUCCCGCUUUCCAUCACCCCGCCCCAUUCUCCCUCUUUCCAUCACCCCGCCCCAUUCUCCCUCUUUCCAUAACCCCGCCAUAUUCUCCCUCUUUCCAUCACCCCGCAACAUUCUCCCUCUUUCCAUCAACCCACCCCAUUCUCCCGCUUUCCAUCACCCCACCCCAUUCUCCCGCUUUCCAUCAACCCGCCUCAUUCUCCCGCUUUCCAUCACCCCACCCCAUUCUCCCGCUUUCCAUCACCCCGCCCCAUUCUCCCGCUUUCCAUCACCCCCCCUAUUCUCCCUCUUUCCAUCACCCUGCCCCAUUCUCCCGCUUUCCAUCACCCAGCCCCAUUCUCCUUUCCAUCACCCCACCCAAUUCUCCCGCUUUCCAUCACCCCACCCCAUUCUCCCUCUUUCCAUCACCCCGCCCCAUUCUCCCGCUUUCCACCACCCCGCUCCAUUCUCCCGCUUUCCAUCACCCCGCCCAAUUCUCCCUCUUUCCAUCACCCCUCCCCAUUCUCCCUCUUUCUAUCACCCCGCCACAUUCUCCCGCUUUCCAUCACCCCGCCUCAUUAUCCCUCUUUCCAUCACCCCGCCCCAUUCUCCCGCAUUCCAUCACCCCGCCCCAUUCUCCCGCUUUCCAUCAUCCCGCCCCAUUCUCCCUCUUUCCAUCACCCCGCCCUAUUCUCCUUCUUUCCAUCACCCCGCCCCAUUCUCUCGCUUUCCAUCACCCCGCCCCAUUCUCCCGCUUUCCAUCACCCCCCCCCAUUCUCCCGCUUUCCAUCACCGCGCUCCAUUCUCCCGCUUUCCAUCACCCCGCCCAAUUCUCCCUCUUUCCAUCACCCCUCCCCAUUCUCCCUCUUUCCAUCACCCCGCCCCAUUCUCCCGCUUUCCAUCACCCCGCCCCAUUCUCCCGCUUUCCAUCACCCCGCCCCAUUCUCCCGCUUUCCAUCACCCCGCCCCAUUCUCCUGCUUUCCAUCACCCCGCCCCAUUCUUCCGCUUUCCAUCACCCCGCCCCAUUCACCCCGCCCCAUUCUCCCUCUUUCCAUCAACCCGCCCCAUUCUCCUGCUUUUCUUCACCCCGCCCCAUUCUCCCUCUUUCCAUCACCCCGCCCCAUUCUCCCGCUUUCCAUCACCCCCCCUAUUCUCCCUCUUUCCAUCACCCUGCCCCAUUCUCCCGCUUUCCAUCACCCAGCCCCAUUCUCCUUUCCAUCACCCCACCCAAUUCUCCCGCUUUCCAUCACCCCACCCCAUUCUCCCUCUUUCCAUCACCCCGCCCCAUUCUCCCGCCUUCCACCACCCCGCUCCAUUCUCCCGCUUUCCAUCACCCCGCCCAAUUCUCCCUCUUUCCAUCACCCCUCCCCAUUCUCCCUCUUUCUAUCACCCCGCCACAUUCUCCCGCUUUCCAUCACCCCGCCUCAUUAUCCCUCUUUCCAUCACCCCGCCCCAUUCUCCCGCAUUCCAUCACCCCGCCCCAUUCUCCCGCUUUCCAUCAUCCCGCCCCAUUCUCCCUCUUUCCAUCACCCCGCCCUAUUCUCCCUCUUUCCAUCACCCCGCCCCAUUCUCUCGCUUUCCAUCACCCCGCCCCAUUCUCCCGCUUUCCAUCACCCCCCCCCCAUUCUCCUGCUUUCCAUCACCGCGCUCCAUUCUCCCGCUUUCCAUCACCCCGCCCAAUUCUCCCUCUUUCCAUCACCCCUCCCCAUUCUCCCUCUUUCCAUCACCCCGCCCCAUGCUCCCGCUUUCCAUCACCCCGCCCCAUUCUCCCGCUUUCCAUCACCCCGCCCCAUUCUCCCGCUUUCCAUCACCCCGCCCCAUUCUCCUGCUUUCCAUCACCCCGCCCCAUUCUUCCGCUUUCCAUCACCCCGCCCCAUUCACCCCGCCCCAUUCUCCCUCUUUCCAUCAACCCGCCCCAUUCUCCUGCUUUUCUUCACCCCGCCCCAUUCUCCCUCUUUCCAUCACCCCGCCCCAUUCUUCCGCUUUUCAUCACCCUUCCCCAUUGUCCCUCUUUCCAUCACCCCGCCCCAUUCCCCCUCUUUCCAUCAGCCCGCCCCAUUCUCCCGCUUUUCUUCACCCCGCCCCAUUCUCCCUCUUUCCAUCACCCCGCCCCAUUCUUCCGCUUUUUAUCACCCUACCCCAUUGUCCCGCUUUCCAUCACCCCGCCCCAUUCUCCCGCUUUCCAUCACCCCGCCCCAUUCUCCCGCUUUCUAUCACUCCGCCCCAUUCUCCCGCUUUCCAUCACCACGCCCCAUUCUCAAGCUUUCCAUCACCCCGCCCCAUUCUCCCGCUUUCCAUCACCCCGCCCCAUUCUCCCGCUUUCCAUCAACCCGCCCCAUUCUCCCGCUUUCCAUCACCCCGCCCCAUUCUCCCGCUUUCCAUCACCCCGCCCCAUUCUCCCGCUUUCCAUCUCCCCGCCCCUUUUUCCCUCUUUCCAUCACCCCGCCCCAUUCUCCCGUUUUCCAUCACCCCGCCCCAUUCUCCCCCUUUCCAUCACCCCACCCCAUUCUUCCGCUUUUCAUCACCCCGCCCCAUUCUCCCUCCUUCCAUCACCCCGCCUCAUUCUCCCUCCUUCCAUCACCCCGCCCCAUUCUCCCGCUUUCCAUCACCCCGCCCCAUUCUCCCGCUUUCCAUCACCCAGCCCCAUUCUCCCGCUUUCCAUCACCCCGCCCCAUUUUCCCGCUUUCCAUCACCCCGCCCCAUUCUCCCGCUUUCCAUCACCCUGCCCCAAUCUCCCGCUUUCCAUCACCCCACCCCAUUCUCCCUCCUUCCACCACCCCGCCCAAUUCUCCCACUUUCCAUCACCCCGCCCCAUUCUCCCGCUUUCCAUCACCCAGCCCCAUUCUCCCGCUUUCCAUCACCCCGCCCCAUUCUCCCGCUUUCCAUCACCCCGCCCCAUUCUCCCUCCUUCCAUCACCCCGCCACAUUCUCCCGCUUUCCAUCACCCCGCCCCAUUCUCCCUCCUUCCAUCACCCCGCCCCAUUCUCCCUCCUUCCAUCACCCCGCCCCAUUCUCACGCUUUCCAUCACCCCGCCCUAUUCUCCAGCUUCCCAUCAGGCUCCUAGACAAGGCAAGCUCCUAGACCAGGCAAGGUCCUGGACUAGGCAAGCUCCUAGACCAGGCAAGCUCGUGGACCAGGCAAGCUCCUAG